UUAGUCUCUGCUCCUCCAACCCGCAUUGUCAUCAGCUGUCGCUGUGAUGAAGACAGAGCAACAUGGCGGAGACUGAAACCCCGGAGUGUAUCACCGAGCAUGAGCGCAUACUGCAGGAGAUAGAGAGCACGGACACGGCCUGCAUCGGCCCAACGCUUCGAUCCGUGUAUGAUGACCAGCCGAAUGCACACAAGCGGUUUAUGGAAAAACUGGAUGCCAGAAUUCGAAACCAUGACCGAGAGAUCGAGAAGAUGUGUAACUUCCACCAUCAAGGUUUUGUCGAUGCUAUCACAGAGCUCCUCAAAGUCCGGGCGGAUGCAGAGAAACUGAUGGGCCAAGUGACCGACACCAAUCGAAGACUUCAAGACGCCGGGCGAGAGGUGACAGCUCAGACAGAAGAGGUGAUUCGCUGCAGGAUUCAGCAGAGGAACAUGGCCAUCACAGUCGAGAAACUGCAGCUCUGUAUCCCUGUUUUGGAAAUGUACAGCAAAUUAAAGGAACAGCUCGAAUCCAAAAGAUACUAUGCUGCGCUGAAAACCAUGGAGCAACUGGAGAACAUUUAUAUUCCCAGAGUGAGCCAGUAUCGCUUCUGUCAGAUCAUGGCUGAGACGCUGCCUAAACUCCGUGAGGAGAUCAAGGAGAUCUCUAUGUCGGACCUGAAAGACUUCCUGGAGAGCAUCAGAAAGCACUCGGAUAAGAUCGGUGAAACGGCAAUGAGACAGGCCCAGCAGCACAGGACGUUUAUCAGUGCCGUGCAGAAGCAGGUGAAUCUCGACUGUGCAAAUCCCUUGUACAGCCUCAAUGGCAGAACUUUGCUCCAGCACAACGGCCUGACUGCAGAGGAAACGGUCGAUGAAGAGGAGACUGAUGAUGAAGCCCUAACAGUGCAGGAUCUGGUGGACUUCUCUCCUGUUUACCGCUGCCUACACAUCUACACUAUUUUGGGUGACAGAGAGACGUUUGAAAAUUAUUACCGAAAGCAGAGGAAAAAACAAGCAAGGCUGGUGCUGCAACCUCAAUCAAACAUGCAUGAAACAGUGGAGGGCUACAGAAAGUACUUUAACCAGAUUGUUGGUUUUUUUGUAGUGGAAGACCACAUACUACACGCCACACAAGGGUUAGUCACCCGAGCGUUCACAGACGAGCUGUGGAACAUGGCCUUGUCCAAAAUCAUUGCUGUUCUCCGCACGCACUCUUCUUACUGCAAUGAUCCUGACCUGGUCCUGGAACUGAAGAACCUGAUUGUUAUAUUUGCAGACACAUUGCAGAGUUAUGGCUUCUCUGUGAACAGACUCUUCGACCUGUUGUUUGAGAUUAGAGACCAGUACAAUGAAACACUGCUGAAGAAGUGGGUGCUGGUGUUCAGAGAAAUAUUUGAGUUGGACAAUUACAGCCCCCUCCCUGUAGAAAACGAAGCAGAGUACAAGCUGGUGGUCAGUAGAUUCCCCUUCCAUGAUGCUGAGAUUGAAAAGCAACCAUUUCCAAAGAAGCUGCCAAUGUCUCAGUCAGUGCCUCAGAUCUAUAUUCAGGUCAAGGAGUUCAUCUAUGCCAGUUUAAAGUUCUCCGAGUCACUACAUCGCAGCUCUACUGAGAUCGACGACAUGCUGCGUAAAUCCACCAACCUGCUGCUGACAAGGACACUGAGCAGCUGCUUACAGAACCUCAUCAGAAAGCCACACAUAGGACUCACUGAGUUGGUUCAGAUCAUUAUCAAUACCACCCACUUGGAGCAAGCAUGUAAAUACCUGGAAGAUUUCAUCACCAACAUUACCAACGUCUCUCCAGAAACCAUCCACACCACAAGACUCUACGGCCUCUCCACAUUUAAGGAUGCCAGACACGCAGCAGAAGGUGAGAUCUACACCAAGCUUAACCAGAAGAUUGACGAGUUUAUCCAACUGGCGGACUACGAGUGGAGUAUGGCUGAGUCGGACGGCAGGGCCAGCGGCUACCUAAUGGACCUCAUCAACUUUCUUCGUAGCACCUUCCAGGUCUUCACACACCUGCCGAGUAACACCAAUGAUCAUGCUGCAAUGUCGGGGAAAGUGGCUCAGACAGCCUGCAUGUCAGCCUGCAAGCACCUUGCCACCUCCAUGAUGCAGAUGCUCCUGGACACAGAACUCAAGCAGGUCAGCAUGGGGGCCAUUCAGCAGUUCAACCUGGAUGUCAUCCAGUGUGAGCUAUUUGCCAGUUCAGAGCCUGUGCCAGGAUUCCAGGGUGACACACUACAGCUGGCGUUCAUUGACCUUCGACAGCUGUUGGACUUGUUCAUGGUGUGGGAUUGGUCCACUUACCUAGCAGACUACGGACAGCCCACCUCAAAGUAUCUGCGGGUCAACCCGUCCACUGCACUUGCACUCUUGGAGAAGAUGAAGGACACAAGCAAAAAGAACAAUAUAUUUUCCCAGUUCCGAAAGAAUGACCGUGACAAGCAGAAGCUGAUUGAGACCGUGGUGAAGCAGCUGAGGAGUUUGGUGAAUGGCAUGUCACAGCACUCCUAGACCAUCCCCUUAUCCUGCACUUCACAAAUCGCACACUCUGCACUCAUGACACUGUAAAAGCACGAUGCAGAAGUGAGACAAGCUUCAAGACUCCAACUACGAUGGCUCCUAUUCCACCAAACCACAGUUUCUGAGCAUUGCUUACUAUAUCCCAGGUGCCCUCUGCCAAACGUCUCCCACUGCAUCAAAACUGAGUCCAUACUGUAAAUAUGUGGAUUUAAAAAAAAGAAAUAAACUAAAAGAGGUUGGUUUACGAAAAAGCAAAAAAAAAAACAGUUAUUUCUUCUUUUAAUGUAUUUUUAAUGGCCAAGGAUUGUUUUGUAUAUUGUGAAUGUGAAACGAUCGUAUCAUGAGAACAAUGAAUGAUGACGUCCUCGUGUGAGACCGAUGUUCAUGCCAAGAUGUGUGAAAUCCUGUGCCGUGGAAUUUUUAAUGUAAAUAAUUUAAAUUAUGUUUAACACUACUGUAAAAUUAUGCUUCCCACACAUCUGACGUGAAUCAAAUUGGCUCUAAUUAUUUCAGCAUGAGACGGGGGGAAAAUACUUACAUGAGUGUGUGUUUUUUUUUUCUUUUUUUUUCCUCUUUCUCUCCCCCAUUCCAAUAUUGUAAGAAGAUAAUGAAGAUGAUUAUUGUUUCAUUCUAAACCAUUUUUCAUUAAGGGAAUAAUGGCCUUCAUCAGCUGCAGACAUUUCAUGUAAACAGUUGCUUAUGUCUGAAAUGCUCUGGGGAAUUCUAUUUUUUUAUUUCAUUUUUAUUUCCUCAGGGUGAAAGGAAAGCUUUUUAUUUUAUAUUUAUUUAUUAUUUUAUUUUUUUUAGUUUAGACUCUUUCAAAGUGAAAGAAAGCGAGCAAUAACUGGUCUGUAUGCAGCCUCCGAAGCCAAGCUGCAUUUCAUCAAGACUUUAAGUUGCUCUUGGUCUUUCUGCAGACUUUGCACCAAAUAUUACUUAAAUUAUUUACACGUGUAUAUGUAAGGUUUGUUUAUAUAUAUAAAGUGUGUGUGUACAUGUUUGUAUGGUUGUGAAAUGAAAAUGUUAUUGUACAAACAAAAUGAAGAUUCUCUUCAUCACAUGUGAGUGGGUUCGAGGGGAGACACUUGAUCCAAUCCCUAAACAUGAAAUUUAAAAAAAUAUAUAUAAUUGUAAGGAUAAUAUUAAAAACUACUUUUUUUUCCUCCAGUCUGUUAUGGCUGAAACAGCACUGAUUAUAUUCCUCCCCUUCUUACUGAACACAGCCUGCUGUUGAGCUGCAUCUCAGACAUGGUGAGAACUCCCAAGAGCAUCAAUUUUUCCCAGAAUGCAUUUCUUUCUGUCUGCUUUAAUAAAAUUUGAUCAACCAAA